UUCUCACCCAUGGAGGAGGGGCAACUCAGUUCACCAGGUUUCCAAUUUCCUCCUGGUUUCAGGUUCCAUCCUUCUGAUGAAGAACUCAUUGUUUAUUACUUACAAAACAAAGUGACUUCACGUCCACUUCCAGCAUCGAUAAUUGCUGAAAUAGAUUUGUAUAAGUAUAAUCCAUGGGAGCUACCAAAGAAGGCUUUGUUUGGAGAAGAUGAAUGGUUUUUCUUCAGUCCAAGAGAUAGGAAAUACCCCAAUGGAGCAAGGCCGAACAGGGCUGCAGGUUCAGGUUAUUGGAAGGCUACUGGUACUGACAAACCUAUUUUCAGUUCUUAUGGAUCAAAGAACCUUGGAGUCAAGAAAGCUCUCGUCUUUUACACUGGUCGUCCCCCCAAAGGAAUCAAGACUGACUGGAUGAUGAACGAGUAUAGACUGCUUGACACCAUGAUUAAACCUUCCAGGUUAAAAGGAUCCAUGAGAUUGGAUGACUGGGUUCUAUGCCGGGUUAGACUAAAAAGCAACAUGCCAAAGAGUACAAGCGAGGUUCAUGACCGUCAGAAGGCAGAAUUAACAGUGAGAUACUCGCCGAAGAUCGACGAGGCACGCCCUACAUACACAGACCGCAACACUGACAUGAUCACUGAUUGUCUAUAUAAAGACUGUGGACUACUGGCUUUGAUACUUGCUAAUCAACCUCUACCUCCCAUUCAAACUAUUUCCAGUAGCAACAAUGGCAAUAGUUUUACAUCAGUCUACGAGGGUGGCGGCCAUUCUGAUAAUAUUGGAAAAUCCCCGUUAACUGUUUCUUCUUUGGACACUUAUUUCAACCCACUGAAGAGGAAACCUAGUGUUCAGGAAAACAGAUAUGAAAACAUUCUCCUAUCCAACCGGAAGCCCAGCGAUGACAACAUGAAUGAAGAUCUUCCACUAAACAAGACACUCCCUAACGAUAACCUAAACUAUUAUACCCAAUGUCAUGAAGGCAUCUACCCAAAUAUGUCCGAUCCAAUCACUGAUUUCGAGGAGCUUAAUGAAUUUGCUUUCACAGGUAAAUAUUUACAGUAAUAAAUUCCUAGACAAAGGCUGCAUGGAGUUCCUCAAUAAGGUGGCCCGGCUUGGAGCCAAUAGUAUGACUUUACAGCAUAAAAUAUAAAUGAGGACACUGAGUAACCUAAGACUUCAGGUAUUGGGAGAUAACUGCAACCAAAUCAGCAGUCUGUAUGCAUAAUUUGUAGUUUAUUGUAUAGGUGUGAGUGUAGUCACUGUUAUGUUUUCAUAUAU